AUGAUAUCCGCACUGCUGCUCUCCCUGCUCCUGUUCACGGAGGCCGAGGCCGGUUUCGGCCCUCCCCCUGGAAAAGAUUUACUCCAUGCCCUCUACGGAGCCCCCUGUGACUGUAAAGGCGGCGUCACCCCUGCUACACCUACCACUUACACACAAGCCGUUGAUUGCGGUGACAAGACAGCUUACCUCCAGUACCACCACACCACCACGGGAAUAUCCAAACAAUCCUUCAAAUGCGUAAGAAAACCCAAAAUAAUCCCCCAGAAUAAUGGCAUCCCUGGACCCUGUCCCUUUAAUUGUGUCUACCUCCAAGCCCUUCACUCCUCCUGCUACACUAGCACACAGCAAUGCACAGGUAAUUCAGGUACCUAUCUCACCGCCCGCCAACAAAGAGAAUAUGCGGGGACCUUUGGAGGAGAGGUUAGUGCUGCCAUCUUAGGGAGAACACACAAAUAUGCCCAAGCCUCUUGUGACAGAAAUAACAUUGGAAAGAAUGUCUGCUGGUCGCUCCACGCACCCAUUCACGUCUCUGAUGGCGGGGGCCCUACUGAUCAAAUCAGAGAAAUGGAGGUCAAAGAGCGCGUGGAUGAAAUUAUCAGAGCCAUGUAUCCCCCCUUACAAUACCAUCCGCUAGCUUUACCUCGAGGACGGGGUGUGGAUCUUGAUGUCCAGACCUCUGACAUUCUUACUUCAACCCAUAGGGCGCUCAAUAUCACCAACCCUGAACUUGCAAAAGACUGCUGGCUCUGUAUGACCCUGGGCACCCCAAUGCCCCUAGCCUUACUGACACAUAAUCUCUCCUUUGCCACCAAUUGUACACUUAGCCCUCCUUUCCGGGUACAGCCCAUGCGGCCUCUCUCUGCCCCCUGCAUGGAAGCUCCUUUUCGGAAUUCUUCCUAUGAUCUUAAUGUAGGCCAUGCAUCCUUUGCUCUUUGUACUUCUAAUCACACCUUUAACUACACCGUAGAGCGGACACCUCACCUUCUUUGCCCCACCCCAGGGAGAGUGUUCGUAUGCGGGGGCAACAUGGCCUUUCUAGCCCUGCCUUCCAAUUGGACGGGCCUCUGUGUGCAGGCCUCUAUCCUCCCUGACAUCAACAUUAUUUCAGGGGACCAACCGGUCCCACUGCCUAGCAUAGAUUAUAUUGCAGGAAGACCAAAAAGAGCCGUGGCGUUCAUUCCUUUAUUGGUGGGCCUCGGGGUAACGGGAGCCGUGACCACCGGUUCCGCGGGGUUGGGUGUGGCAAUUCACUCGUAUGCCAAAUUAUCUAACCAAUUGAUUAAUGAUGUCCAGACCCUCUCAGGGACUAUCCAUGAUCUCCAGGACCAAAUUGACUCCCUUGCGGAAGUAGUGCUUCAAAACAGGAGAGGGUUGGACCUGCUCACAGCCGAACAGGGGGGAAUAUGCUUAGCCUUGCAAGAAAAAUGUUGUUUUUAUGCCAACAAGUCUGGUAUAGUAAGGGAUAAAAUUAAAAAAUUGCAAGAGGAGCUGGUCCGAAGACGCAAAGAACUCUUAGAUAACCCUCUCUGGAAUGGUCUGCAUGGGACCCUUCCAUAUCUGAUCCCCCUUCUUGGGCCAUUAAUAGGCUUUUUAUUGCUCCUUUCCUUUGGCCCUUGGGCCUUCAAUAAAUUAACCACGUUUGUUAAGUCUCAAGUAGAUUCAGCUGUUGACAGGAAGAGCCAUAUAUUUUACAGCAGACUACCGGAACAAGACAUCAUUGAACAGCCAGGAGAACGUUUACAAUUCACAGAAGACCUCCUGAAGGAACCCUGGCAUCGGCGUGGAGGAAAAGGCUUUAUACUCUCUGUAGAAAAGCCAAUCAACCCCUUCCUUUCCCCCACUCAGCUUAGCUCUGUCACCAAAUUCUUAUCUUUUGACCUUUGA